AUGCAAAUUUUCGUCAAGACUUUAACCGGUAAGACUAUUACCCUUGAAGUUGAAUCUUCAGACACUAUUGACAAUGUCAAGUCUAAGAUUCAAGACAAGGAAGGUAUUCCACCUGACCAACAAAGAUUGAUCUUUGCUGGUAAGCAAUUGGAAGACGGCAGAACUUUGUCUGACUACAACAUCCAAAAGGAGUCCACUUUACACUUGGUCUUGAGAUUGAGAGGUGGUGGUAAGAAGAGAAAGAAGAAGGUCUACACCACCCCAAAGAAGAUCAGACACAAGCACAAGAAAGUCAAGUUGGCUGUCUUGUCCUACUACAAGGUCGAUGCUGAAGGUAAGGUCACCAAGUUGAGAAGAGAAUGUAGCAACCCAACCUGUGGUGCUGGUGUCUUCUUGGCUAACCACAAAGACAGAUUGUACUGUGGUAAGUGUCACUCCGUCUACAAGGUUAACGCUUAA